AUGUCUAUUUGUUUACGUACAAUUACUCAUAAAAUUUUGCCUAUUAACGGUAUCGUUUCCACCAUAAAUCACUCUAGCCGCUUGUCCAGAAAAAUUCCUAUGCGGCCACAAUUUCUGGAAGAAUUUCUAAGCCGCAGACGCAUAUCCAGUUGUCAACUAGCUACAAAAUGUGCCACAGAGAGCAACAUUGAUGAUAUUUACAUCCACGACACAGUACAGACCUACUAUCAGCAGUUCAAUAAAAAUGAUUCUCUCGACAAUGAUAUAAAUUGUAGAAUCUAUACCAAUGAGAGCCAUGAUGAAUAUGGAAUGGAGUUGAAGGCUUUGGGGCUGACGUCAGAUGAUUAUAUAGAGAGGAGAAUGCCUCCGUAUUCAUUUGAUAUACCACACACAAAUAUUAGUGAUAUUGAUUUAACUAAAUAUAGUAAUGAUAUAGAACCGACAUGCUUAUCGGAGUUUGAGCGCGACGCUAUUGCAUAUUGCCAGGGCGUGUCACCUGUUCCUAAGCCUACAACAGAUCCUAGUCCAGAAGGGAGAGCUUCAGAUGAGCAGCUCUCUAAAGUCUUUAAUACGUUAUCAACAACGAUGCCGAACCUAUUUGUAAAGCCACUGGACUACUCCAUCUACUCUCCUAAUUUAAUUUUCGUUAACAAUAUUAGAGGGACUACACACAUAGGUCUGUUCCACUUCGUCAAGCAGGUCGCCUUGCUCCGUACAAUAGGACACUUGAAGUUUGCCUAUGUGAAGCUGGAAGUCAUGAAGAUCACGUCUCAUCCUGAGGACUCUUCUGUUAAAAUGAGAUGGCGCAUCAAAGGUAUAUCGGGGCUCAAAGUGUUCUUUAUGUUUUGGAAGUAUAAAUUGUGGAACAUGAAGCAGGUGUUCCAGGAUCAGGAACUAUGGUACGACGGGUUUUCAACUUUCUACGUCGGCGGAGACGGUCUCGUACAGAAACAUAUCGUAGACAAGGUAAUGCCGGAUCAAGACACGAUAAUAGACGACACAGAAAAGGCUCCGAUAGCGGCCAAAAUAGCGCUACUGAUCGGCCUGUUACCCAGAAAUUACUUGUCUGACGUCUCGCCAUACUUCACUUCGUCACCAGGCACGGCCGAUAAUACACCGUUACCAUUCAAAGUGUUAGAAUAA